CACUCAGGCACCCGUUGAAUACCUUCGCUUUCUUUUGGCCGCUAUGUAUUCGGGUGUGUGCCGACAGAUCUAAGUACAUCUAUUUCCGUAACAACGAAAAAGUGCCGCGUCUCUCAAACGCAACGCGCACGCGCUAUCACGUGCUUUUUCGAUCGCGAUCGAGCCCGAUCGGGAUCGGAUUUCUCGACCGUUGAUUGGAUAUCAUUCACAGCUUGUUAAGAGGAGCCAAUCACGAACGAGAAAUUGGAUCGCGAAUCAAGCCAAUGCCUCCUUGAUCAAGCCCGUUCGCGAUCGAAUGCGACCGUGUGAAACGAGACCCAUUCAACCGAUUUUAUUCAGUAGCAUUCAGAAAUGACAUUGACCAACGAUUGGAUCGUCUAGCUGCAUUAGUUCAAAUUACAAAUAGCGUCGCUUUAGCUCUUUUCGUUUUGUUUGACAGGUUGAAAUGAAGGAAAACGCGACGUUUCUAAUAACGCAUCCCGACUUCGUGCGAGAUCAUCGCUACCUGUUCGGUUCGAGGAUGACGUCUUGGCUGAAGCACCGAUUUAAACCUCAGCAAGUGGGUUGCGCCAACUUGAGUGUCUGAGGAACAACAACGCGAGGAAAAUGGCGAAGAAGAAGAAAAAGAAGCGUGCCAAUCGCCAAGGUGGCUGCCUUUUGAGCCGUACCUCUAGGACCUAACUGCUUCACUUUGGUAUUUAGAAGUAGUAUUAACGGUCUCGCACCCCACGCGGUCCGUGCGCGCGCAGCGUACUUUCGACGUUUGCCAGCGUACUCAAACCGAAGCCGCGCCUCGAAUCCCAACUGCGAUGCUUGUCCCGGAGGUGACCCCAGACAACGCCGUCACUCCGCUGGACACAUUAGACCAGCUCCUCAACUUCAAGAGUCCGCCGCUGUGCGCCGUGCAGCCGCUGAGGGACGUCGCGCGUGGCAGACCUGAGGACCCGAAGACCCUCCUGUGUCACGAUCACAUACAGGGCUGCUACCAGCAAGACAGGUUCGUCCACGGUUGUGCCAACCCCAACAGCUACCGGUUUUACCACUGGCAAGUAAUUGACAGCUUCGCCUAUUAUUCGCACUACAUGGUCACCAUCCCACCUCCCGGUUGGAUAUCGGCUGCCCACCGGCACGGCGUCAAAGUUUUAGGAACCUUCUUUGUCAAGUCACGUGAGGGUGCUGCAGUUCUCGAUCGAAUCAGGCAGGACGACCUCCUGUCGAAAGUGGCGUCUCAGCUGGCUCUCAUUGCAGCUCUCUCCCAGUUUGAUGGAUGGCUUAUCGACAUUGAGAGCAAGGUGGAGAAGUGCCACGUUGGAUUCCUCAAGGACUUGCUCCUCGCCAUCGCCACGCAAACCCACCAGUCCGUGCCCGGUUCGUUGAUCAUCUGGUAUGACAGCGUCGUGAACGAUGGAGUGCUGGACUGGCAGAGCGAGCUGAAUGAGAAAAACUGCGACUUCUUCGACCUUUGCGACGGAAUAUUCCUGAAUUCGCGCUGGACCGAGGACAUGCUCCAACAGUCGGCGUUCUUUGCGGGGGCCCGCAAAAGUGACGUCUACGUCGGCAUUGACGUCUAUGCACGGAUGACGAGCUACAUUGGUGGCUUUGAGACGUAUAGGGUAGUGGAUACGGCACGUAGGCUCGGCUUGUCAGCAGCCAUCUUUGGUGCCAGUUGGGCGUACGAGGCAAAUGACAAGCGGAGGUUCGCGCAGAAUCAGGGCCGGUUAUGGAGCUUCCCCGACUACUGCUGCCCCAAGUGGCGCCUAAAAGCACCACCCAUCUCGACCUCUUUCUGCCAGGGCUUCGGUUACAGCCUCUACAAGGAAGGGCAGGUGGUCUCGACGCGACCGUGGUUCGACCUGUCCAAACAGCAGCUGCAGCCACAUGACCAGGGCACGUGGCUGUGCCAAGGAUGCGGGUCGGCCAUUAUCUGUACGGAUGACGCAUACAACGGGGGUGGCUGCCUUCGGCUCCGCUUCUUGCCCGAUCCACAACAGCCCGACGCCGUGCCUUACUUUAGGUUGUUCGACUGUGAUUUCUCGCUGGGCCGUCUGGCAGUGAGCUACACUUUCAAGCAACUGAAAGAAGACGCCUCAAUGGAGAACGACGUCACGCUGGUCUUGAGAGCGAGAACGGGCGCAGGCGAAAGAGGGGAACUCCAGCUGGGGAUCGUCGUCGUCACACCCGAUGAACGUUACGCCGUGGCCCGUGACGUCUCUCUGCCCAGCUUUGACGACAGCAUGGACACUUCCGGAUACAGUUGGGUGACCAGGAGGUACAACAUCGAGGACCUGAGGACUGCCACCGACUGCGCCAUUCUGGAAGAAAUAGGCAUUUCGUUUGUCUCGACGCAAGCAAACGUUUGCCUGCUGGGCAAACUUGUGGUGGAACGGCCACGAAGUGCAAGCGGCAACCAGGAAGCAGCUGCUGGCAACGAUGGAAACGCCUCCGACGACUCCGGUCCCGACGCUGCAAUAUCUAGCGAUGAAUUUCAUGGUGAAGAGGCCUCUGCAAGCUGAAGACAUCAUGUCACGACAGAAGCUGCAAUAGAAUUGUAUUGAUCCGUUGAGAUUGUUGCACUGUCGUUGUGAAGAAGCGACAACGUUUAUAAUGUACUGUACAUACCAGUUAGCUUAUAAUAAAUGUUUUAUUGUUUGCCUUGCCCAAUGAGAAGAAGU